AUGGAUCACGGCCGCGAUCCCUGCCCAUAUGUCAUUCUCAAUGACUUUGGUGGUGCCUUUUGCAUGGGUGCCAUCGGUGGCACCAUCUGGCACGGCAUCAAGGGCUUCCGCAACUCCCCGUACGGCGAGCGCCGCAUCGGCGCGCUGACGGCCAUCAAGAUGCGGGCUCCGGUGCUGGGCGGCAACUUUGGCGUGUGGGGCGGCCUGUUCUCGACGUUUGACUGCGCGGUCAAGGGCGUCCGCAAGAAGGAGGACCCGUACAAUGCCAUUAUUGCCGGCUUCUUCACGGGCGGCUCGCUGGCCAUCCGCGGCGGCUACAAAGCGGCGCGCAACGGCGCCAUUGGCUGUGCGGUGCUGCUGGCGGUGAUUGAGGGUGUCGGCAUUGCGUUCCAAAAGAUGAUGGCGGGUGGCACGAAGCUGGACUUGCCGGCGCCGCCGCCUCAGCCGGAGAAGAUUGCUCUGUAG